AUGGCUGCCCACACAUUCGCCCCCGAGGACGCCUUACCCCCACCAAAGUCAGCGGUUAUCUACAGCAGAGAUGGCAGGAAGAGGAGCCUCAACAUUGAUAUGACCAAGCAUUUUGCGCCAUCGCUUCACGACCACUCGAUGACGCCUCCAACAAACUCUGCCGCAACAACAUCUAGGGGCGAUGGUUAUGCAGAUGUGAUCAACAACAGCAAAAGAUCUUCUAGCCCCAUCCAAAACGGCUCAACAUCUGGCGGCGCAAAUCCUUCCAACAAGAAAAAGAAGAAGAAAAGAACAAAGAAGAAGGCUCUGGACAGGAUCGAGGAAUCAAGCAGCAGGGCAGCCCAGGUCAACUCCAACGGCCCUAUGAGACAGAAGAACCACGUACAUCAUCCUGGCUGUCAGCAUGACCACGGCCACCCUCACCACCACCAUCAUCAUCACCAUGACUCUAGCCAUCCUCAUCACCACGACGAGGACGAAGAGGACGACGACGAUUUCUACUCGGACGAGGAUGCAUACGAUCCCGAGACACCUGCUCUUGCCUCUUCAACUGCCGCAGGCAGCGCAGGAGGUCAGAGCCACUUUGGAUCAUCGACAGCACCAACAGCCCAGCCUACCGCAAAGGAGCACUCUGAAUCAAGUUCCUCCAAAAAGAAAAAGAAAAAGAGAAAAAAGUCCUCGACUAUAGGAGCAAUGCCAUCACCCUUUAGCAACAGCAACGGCGCCUCACCCAACCACAGCCAUACUCAUGGAAACAGCAGUUCAAAUUCUAAGGCAAUGGUCCAGUCUAGUCAUAGGAAUGGGCAUGAUCAUACGGCCGUGGUCAAGCACAUGCACGACAACCACGCGCAGAACGAUGGAUUUUGGCACUAUUCUGAUGCGGAGGAGCGCCAGCGGAUCAGGGAGUUUUGGUUCCAACUGCGGGAGGAAGAGCGUCGAUCUCUAGUUCGUGUGGAAAAGGAAGCUGUCCUGAAAAAGAUGAAGGAGCAGCAGCGGCACUCGUGCUCAUGUUCCCUUUGCGGUCGAAAACGGACUGCGAUCGAGGAGGAACUGGAACUUCUCUACGACGCCUACUAUGAUGAAUUGGAGCAGUACGCCAACCAGCAGCAACCGUCGGAUGGACACGCUCUCACUUAUUCUCAACAUUCACCGGCAUUCGAGGAUGAGGAUCUCUCUGACGAAUCUAGGCCCUCGGAUGAGGAAGAUGAGGAAGAUGAUGAAGAGGACGACGAGGAAGAUGAUGAGGAGGGUUACGAGGACGAGGAAGACGACGAGGAGUACGAGGAUGAGAUCAACAGUCGCAAAGCGUCCUUCCCAUAUCGCAGCGGAUUUCCAAAUACCCUCCAGGCCAAAGGCAAUAUCCUCACUGUUGCCGAAGACCUGCUAGAAAAUGACGGCAAAAAAUUCCUUGAGAUGAUGGACAGAUUGGCUGACCGUAAGGUCCAGCGCGACGACGAGCUCAUGGAUAAUCGUGGCGUAUAUGAGGAGUACGACGACGAAGAGGAUGGUGACUUUGAGGAUGAGGGGCCUGAAGAGGAUGCCUUGACCAAGGAGCAGCGUAUGGAAGAGGGACGACGUAUGUUCCAAGCAUUUGCCGCACGAAUGUUUGAGCAACGGGUUCUAAGUGCAUACCGCGAAAAGGUUGCGCAGGAGAGGCAAGAGCGCUUGUUGGCUGAACUUGAGGAGGAGUCUCGCCAGGAACAGCUGCGGGAAGAGCGGAGAGAACGCGAAAAGGAGAAAAAGCGUGACAAGAAGAGGCUGCAACGGCAGCAAAAGGAAGAGGAGAGAACAGCCAAGGAAGCACAACGUCUAGCAGAAGAAAAGCGACUGUUGGAAGAGCGCGAAAGGAAACUUGAGGUUGACCGGAAGCGACGAGAAGAAGAACGACGGGCCAAGGAAGAGGAGAAGAGGCUUCGCGAGGAGGAACGGCUCAGGAAGGAAGAAGAGCGGAAGCGGAAGCUAAAGGAGGAAAAGGCUCGUGAAGCGGAGAAAGAACGCAAACGCAAGGAGGAGCAGCUAGCCAAGGAGCAGGAGGAGCAAGCUAGGAGAGAAAAAGAAACACGGAGAGUGGGUGCUGUAGCCAAGGAAGAGGCUAGUCGACUAGAGCGUGAGGUGUUCUUGAAGCAGCAAUUGGUCGAGGAGCAGAAGAGGCAGGAGGAAUUGCGUCAACAGGAGCAGCAGGCAAAGGAAGAACUUGCACGACAAGAGCAAGAACAGGCAGUCACAGCAGCCGCAACGGUGUCAAGCAGCAGUCCACUUAUAGAAGUCGAAGCGAGUACUGGUCCAACAUCUCCAGGUCGCGACAGGACUGUUACAGUUGGCUCAGAAGCUUCCACUGACUCUCAAGUACCACAAAAUCGCUCGCCUAUUGUCCCAACACCGACAUCGCCUAUUCGAGUGCUAGAGUCCAUUGUUAGCCCUGCUAUGUCGGCACAGGGGCCAACGAUGCCUGCCACAAACAGUCUUUGGUCGAACACAUACCCAACACAGGCCGUUCCUCAGCCUCCGAUUCCGCAAAUGUUCCCACAGGCUAUGCAGCAGGGCUUGUUCCGACCUCCAGGACACUUUGGUCAUAUUGGCGGUGAACUUGACACGUUCUCUCCACGGAUGGGACACUCUGCUGGACGAGGCGCUUAUAUGGGCGCAUCACUUCAGGGUCAAACACCGUUCCAGUCGAUGUCGCAGCAUCAGCAGCCCUCUAAUCAAUUGCCCCAACAAAUGGGUGGUUUGCGGUCACCGGGAUUGGCGCCAAUCGGAUACGGUCAGACCAAUGUUCCUACGAAACAGCUCCUGACAUUGAUGAAUCCAAACUCUGCCUCUGGCGCUCACGACUUGACCAACAGCACAGGAUCACCUCUGCACAGUCCAUCGACUUUGGGAGCUAUUGGAACACCCAUUGGCUCGUUUGGUCCAAUCUCGCCCAUUGGGCAUGCGAGGAGAACAUCGACUCCCUAUGGUCCAACAUCAACAGAGACAAUCAAACCAAUUCAGCGGCCGGUACCCAUCGGACGGCCCAAGGAUAACCAGCACCACACCGUCUCCGGUACGAUUGCCAAUAGUUUUGAUGGACUUUCUCUGGGACUCUCAGGGCUGAGUAUUGGAUCAGAACUUGAGCGUAGACCCAGAUCACCACCGCUCAACCUGACGGGGGGAUCGUCUUUGGAUCUGGAUGGCAUUCCUCUUAGCAAGGAACCCAUGAGGUCUUCAAUUGGCGGAUCGGAGGGUUUAGGACAUGGUUUCCCCAACGAAAGUAUGCCACUUCAGACGCUGAGUCCAAACAAUCGCAACCAGCGCGAUACCUCAUUCUUUUCCAAUUCGUUCUUUGGCAGCCGAAUGAACGGUCAUGAUCCUUUUCUACAAUCGGCUGAUUUUUCGUCGUAUGGACAGCAGCAACAAGGCCAUGGAUCAUUGCCUAAUACUGCCCAUUUCUUGUCCUCAUAUCCGAUGCAUCUCACAUCGCCACCACACAACCAGCACCAAAGUCUGCAGCAGCAACAACAGCAGCAGCUCUACAUGCAGCAACAGCAGUAUAUGCACUCCAAUAUGCAGGAUUUACAGCAGCUUCAGCAGCUCCAGCAACAACAGCAGCUGGGACUGAGCUCACCACCGCUGAAUGGAUCCAGUUCUUGGGGACGGACGACGACGAAUUUUAUGAGGCCACCUCAUAUGAACGGAGGUUUGAGCUCGUCGCCGUCAAGGGCACUCUCACCGCCUCCAACCAUGGGUGGUUUGCAUAACGGAUCGCAUAGCCCACUUAUGCCGAUCGGACCAUCCACUGGGCAUCUUCAACAACAGCAGCAUAAUCAGUUCGGUCACCUUGCGAGCAAUGGCGGAGGUGGACUUGGGCUGGCCGUGGGCUCAGGCAGGAAAUCGGUUAGCCAUCUGCCACCCGUGCGACUUGGUGGCGGUAGUAUCGAUGGUGGCGGUAGCAACAAUGGCCCUAUCGGCAAUGGAGGUAGUAAUGGGAACAGCAGCGGAAGCGGCCAGGUGAUGGAAAACGAGCGGCUUUCGAAUGGGUUCCCAGUAGGCUAUGCGACCCAUCACCUCCAACAGCAGCAGCAGCAGCAACAGCAGCAGGUGCAUCAUUUGGGCGCUAUUGGUGAGGCUGCUGGUGGAGGAGGAGCGGCAGGAUUCUAA